AUGGAUUUUGCAGAAGAGGGCAAAUCAGAUGGCGACAUCAUGAAAUCUUCGCGCAGGGAAAGUAAAUCAAAGUUUGGCUUUAAAUCUACCAGCAGAGGUUCUUCAGCAAAGACAGUUGCGCUAGAUACAUCUAAGUACUCAAAAUGUGCCAUUUGUUUAGAAAGAAUCCAAGAUGCUACUUACCUGAAUCCUUGCAACCACCGAUUCUGCUUUACCUGUAUACAGAACUGGUCUAGAAAAAAAGUCAUAUGUCCGCUCUGUAAGCAACGGUUCCAUUCGUUCUUUCACAUUGUGAACUCAAAAAGCAAAUUUUGUGAAUAUGUUCUUCCUUUGAGCAAUGACUCCUUUCCUCAUUCCGAAAGCAGGAGAGAUCAAACACUGACUUCGUCCCAAAGAUCGAUGUCACCACCUGACGAUGGGAUAGUGAACGAUGAAAUUAGAGGAACUCUCAAUCAAACAGAGAAGGAUAUUUAUCAGCUGAUGAGACAGUUUGCGGUAACAAAGAGACCAGCUAAUAUAGAUGUAAUAACUCUUGGGAAAUUUAAAACCCAAGCUGUUAUUCAGUUUAGGAGAGCUCUGUACCAUGCUGGCAUCCUUGUUCAAAAAGCUCACAAUCCAGAUGUUUACCAAACGGCUUCAGCAGAAUAUUUUAGAAGAAACCCUGGUAGCUUUGACAGGUUAAUCCCAUGGUUGAAGCGAGAAUUAAGAGUAUUGUGUGGGAAUCAGAGGUCGUUGAUUCAUACUUUGCAGAAUUUCAUUCUGAAUAAUAUGACUCAACGUGAUCUGGAAAGCAAGGAGUUUGAAGAUCUCUUGCGGCCCCAUUUGCGUCAUUUCACCAACCAUUUUUUGCAUGAAUUUACCAGUUUUGUACAAUCGCCGUUCACUAUCAAGAGGUAUGAUUGGAAUGCCUUAUACGAAUGCCCGGUUCUUCCAAAGGAAGAUUGCGAUUCUUUCAUCUCUUCCACAACUUCUGAAGAUGAGCGUUCCCAGCUUCUUGACAAUGAUCAGGCUUCUCCGCUUGACAGUAAUUUAGAUGGUGGAAACCUAGGAUGCUCACACUCUAGUUCAGAAAAAGAUGUGUUUUCUGUAGCAGAGGGCACACAAUAUCCUAAUGAAGAAGAAAAAAAUUUAGAAGAUGUGACCAGUUGUGGUACUGAAAAGGAUGAACAUUCAUCAGACAACUUAAUUCAAAACCAGCCGAUAGAAUUGCCACCAAAUUCAACGGUACAACCAUCAUCGUUGCAUAAUCAGGCGCUUCCGUGCAAGAACAAAAAUGAAGAGAUAGAAGAACGGCAUCCUGUUGAGACUUACAGCUCAAAGAACAUGGAACCUUUUGAGGAUGCCUCAAAUGUAUUAGCAUCGGGUGACUGUAACGUAUCUAAUUUUAGUUGUGGAGAUGCUGUGGCCAUCUCCAACAGGCAGAACGUCUCCAAAGGAGAAACAAUCAAAUUCCCCUCUUCAGAAAAACAGGCAGGAAGAGACAGGCAGGCAGGCAGGAAGAGUGAAUUCAAAAAGGGUGGAUCAAGGAAUACAGAAUGCUAUUGGGAGGAAAGACGUGGCGGCCAAAGUCGAGCAGGAAGCCAACAUGAAAGAAUGCAAAAUGCAAAUUAUUGUAACGCUAGAGAAAGGAGACCUAGAAUAGACGGGGGUAAAUCGAGAACGAAAUAUGAUAGCUUACAGCACAAGAACAAAAUGAUUUUGCCAUUCAAAAGUGAGAAUGCUGUUGCUGGGCAUAUAAGCAAGCCAAAGUCCCAUCAUUUUAGAAAACUAAGGAGCAAAGACUACGAUAAUUUAAGAAAAAGUCUUUCCAGCGAACCAAGCUGGAGAUACCUUUAUUACAAACAAGACUAUGAAAGAUACAGGUAUGAAGAACUGUUGCGUCAAAAGGCUGGCAAACCCAGAUUUUACCAUCCAAAUAUGCUGACUGGCUCCAAGGGGCGAUCAUAUUUCUCCCCAGAAAAUAAAACAUCACUCUAUCAAGAAAGUCUUGCUAAAGGAUGGAACUAUUCAGAGAUAGGCAGAAGCACAGGGAGGCCCAAGGGCAGAUUUGUUGCCGCAGGGCAAGAAAGAGGAUCUAACAGAAAGCUAGGUGGGAAAAGAAGACACAGAUCACACCACAUGGAAACUGGCUACUCAAAGGGAGGGGCAAGGUAUUUUCAGAAUUAUGUGAGUUGCUAG